UCUUCUGCAUGGAUGAUGGCGAAUCGUAAAAAAAGUAAUGAAUCUUCUCGGUCUGUGUCGAAAAAUACAAAGUGGCACUUCGGCGAGGUGAUGUUCUCGUCCUCGUCUUCCGAGGAAGAAACGACAACCGGAUGUCGAAGUUGUAGAAAUACGUCGAACGAGCAUUUCAACAAGAAAACCACCGAAACCGACACGCAGCCAGGGCAAGAUACGUCGCGACGCGAGGAGAAUCCUUUCAGUUUCAAGCAUUUCCUUAAAAACGGUUCCCAAAAAAAGUACUACAAUGCUGGAGCUCGUCCAAAGGUUUAUCCUUCUCCCACACCGAGUCCUAAUAACUUGGAAAAGGAUGCUAAGGUCUAUUCCUGUAAUCCAACAGAGCUACCGGAUUUUGUGCAGGAUCAUCUAGUUUUAGAGCAGUGUUACUUGAAUCAUGAAUCCAAUCAGCAGAGUAUUCCAGAUGUAGAUAAUUUGCCUGACUUUGCUCUAAACAGUGUGGCACAGAGGCAAACCAGACUUAGAAAUAAAUCGAAAUAUAGUGAACCUGUUUUGUGUGAUCUCCAAUUUGAUCUUACUGGAAAUUUAGACAAAGAACUACCUCACAGAAAUCAGUCCGCACCAAAUGCAAAUUGUUCUGCCCAUUUAAAUUUACCUAUCCUUGAUAGAUCUAAUAUAGAAAGUACAGAAUAUCCAAAACCACCAGCGUUUCCAUUAGAUUUGCCGAUACUUGGAACUGAAUCUGAUGCAGGUCCCAAUGUAUCAGUAAGGGACUGUGCUGGACCUAGUGAAGCAAAUGUUCCAAAGUCUUUACCAGAUUUUUUAAAUGAUGGUCCCAUACAUAAUAAAACAACAAUAUCCACAGAUUCUGGAGUUGUUCCAAACAGUGUAGAGACCCCAGAAAGAAGGUUAUUGUUAGAAAAUGAAAGAUUACGUCAUGAGCUAGAACAAGCAAGAAAAGAAAUUAAUGAUAAGACUAAAAGAAUUCAAUUAUUAAAAUCAGAAUUGACCUCCAGAAGAGAAGUGGAGCAUGAAGAAACUGCUCAUCUUGAAAAAGCUAUGGAACAAGUUGAAGACAAUUUAAAACGUAGUACAAGAAGAGCAGUAAAUGCUGAAAGUACUGUCACAUCAUUAAAAAGAGAGAUUAAAGCUUUAAUGGCGGAGAUAUCACAGUUAAGGCUGGAGAAUACGGAACUUAAAACUGGAACUGCGGCGGGUGGUAGAACAAAGUGUGAUUCUUCGAACGUAAGUCGAACAGUAAGAAGGGUAACCAAUGAUUUAAGGACUGCUGCUUCAUCAGCAGAGGUAUCGUUGAGACAGCUAAUGUCUGGUGUGGACAAUUUAAGGGUACUAGCUUCUGCACUUGAGAAUGUAGAUAGGAUAGAAGACCGGACCAAAGAUUUUCUACCAGAUUUCAACGAAGAUAACUUAUGA